AUGACGAAAGCUAGCGCUACCUUAAACACAACUUUUCCACUUCACUUGGAGUGGACCAACGUGUGCGUGACGGUCAAAGUUAAGAACCAAGUGACAAAGCAAGUCGAGGACAAGGUCAUCCUUCAAGACAACCACGGAAGCGCGAGCCCUGGUCAGCUCGUCGUACUCAUGGGGCCGUCCGGCGCCGGCAAGAGCUCCAUGCUCGACGUGAUCGCUGGUCGCAACAAAAACUUCACCGGCACCGUCACCGUCAACGGCCACAAGUGGACCAAGGCUAUGAACCGAUACGCGUCGUACGUGAUGCAAGACGACGUGUUUUACGCGACGCUGACGGUCAAGGAGCACCUGAUGUUCCAGGCGGAGCUCCGCAUGGGCAAGGCGUUCAACGCGGCCGAGCGCGAGGCCCGCGUGGACUACGUGAUCGACGAGCUGGGUCUGACCAAGUGCCGCGACUCGCAGAUCGGCGGCGUCACGGACGUCCGCGGAUUGUCUGGCGGCGAGCGCAAGCGGCUGAGCUUCGCGACCGAGAUCCUGACCAACCCGUCGCUCUUGUUUGUGGACGAGCCGACGAGCGGACUGGACAGCUUCAUGGCCGAGAGCGUCGUGCUGCAGCUGCAGAAACUUGCGCGCGAGGGCCGCACAGUCGUGGCGACGAUCCACCAGCCGUCGUCCGAGCUCUUUACGUUGUUUGACCAGUUGUACUUGCUCAGCGGUGGCCAGACGAUCUACAACGGGAAAGCGUCCGAGGCGGUCGCGUACUUUGCGUCGCAGGGGCUGCCGUGCCCGACGUACAUGAACCCGACCGACUACUUCAUGCGCCAAAUCAUCGUGCUGGACCCCCAGUCGGAGGCCGCCACGCGUGUCGAACGCUUGGCUCAAGCAUGGAAGACCCGUCCAGAAGGUGACAAGGAAAGGGCGGCACCGUUGCAUGCUUGGACGAUUAGCCCACGUCAAUCUCCUGACGGCGUCCGUUUGGCGUGGUGGAGUCAACUUCGCGUGCUGUGCGGGCGAAACUUUCGUCGCAUUGUUCGCGACAAACUGGAGUUCCAAGCGCGUGUGGUCCAAACUGUCUGUUGCAGCGUGUUGGUCGGGCUAAUCUACUUGCAGAUGGCAGUGGAUCAAGCCGGGAUCCAGGGAUAUUCUGGCGCGCUCUUCUUGGUCACGAUCAUGUUUUUUUUCAACCACACCAAGCCCGAGUUUGCUACCGUGCCGCUGGAGCUCCCCAUGCUCGAUCGGGAAUACCGCGGCGGAUUGUACAACUUGUGGGUGUGGUAUGUCGCCAAAAACGCCAGCGAAGCGGGGUUUCAAGUGCUCUUCCCAACGUUGGGGAUGGGCAUCAUGUAUGUCAUGUCGCUGCUCGUGUACAUCGUCCUCCUCACCAGUGCAGCCGUCGGUCUCGGCUACAUGACGAGCUGCAUGACGCGCCACCCUCAUGUCGCCAACAUCGUGGGCAUCACGAUUAUGCUACCCAUGAUGAUCUUUGGCGGAUUCUUCCUCAACGCCAGCACGUCCCCCGUGUACCUCAUUUGGUUGGAGUACUUGUCGCCACUAAAGUACUGUUUCCGGGGCAUGAGUCGCGCGUUCUGGACGUCGGUGGACGUGAUUCCAUGUGCCCAAGGCCAAGUGUGUGUGGCUACCACGGGGGCGGACGUUCUGGCGUCGUUGUCGCUGGACGAGUAUUCCAUGGCAAUUGAUGUUGCGGCCUUGAUCGGGGUCAACGUGUUUUUUCGCAGUGUUGGCGCCUUGUGGCUGUGGCACAACUUGCGUGGCUCUGCCUAG